GUGGAGGUGCUGGGUGGGCAGGAGCGGGGAGGAGUGAGGACAUUUAGGACAGGACCUCGGAGGGAAGGAGACCAGCCUGAACUGUUGGAAGACCACUGGAGGUUCAGGAACAAAGGGAAGAAUAGGAUUUGGGGAGGACACAGAGAGGGCACUGCCCACCUAGGAGCUCCUGGCCAAAGUCAGGUGGAAGGAGGUGUCAGAGAAGGUCCUAAGAGACAGGAGGCAGGAAGCUGUCUGGGGGGGGUGGAGGGGAGUGUCUCAGUGACCUGUUGGUUGACCUUCUGCCAGGAGGGAAGUCUCUAGCGGGAUGAGGGAGGCGGGCAGAGGCACUGGGGACCAGCUGUGGAGGCCCAGGCCUGGAUCUUAUUUGCCGAGUGCCCAGGCUGGUCAGAGAUUGCAGGUGUCAAGAAAGAGGAGGGCCUGGAGGCCAGGGGUGGUGCCAGCACGGGCACUGUGGCUGCAUCGUGGAGGAGCUGCAGGGGCAGGGACCCUGGCAAGCCCUCUCAGACUCCCACCCUCUUCCGGAAUUAGUUACCCCUCAGUCCGGUCUGUAGUGCCUCAAGAGCCUUCUACAUAUGGGAGUGAUCAUGGGAUCCUUUGGGGACAUGGCAAGAGAGGGGUCCAGAACUCAGGACUUAGGCCAGUUUGGGGGGUCCGAGACUAAAGCUGCACCCUGGCUUCAUUAAGCAGACUCUUUCCCACCCUGCAGCCUCCUGCCACAGUAAUUAGGCUGGGGGUUGCCAUGGUAACUGGGGAGGUGACCUAGAAAGGAAUUAGGGCGGGGAGGAGACCAAGCCCCCAGGGACCCUAGGGCCUGGCACCCCCUCACCCACAGACCAGGCUACCAUGUGGAGCUGAGGCCCAAGGCCUGAGUCGAAGGAAACGCCAGGACCCUCCCAGGAUCUCUAGCUCUAGUGGCAGCCUUGGGAGCUCGCUCGUCUUAGGAGCAGGAAGGAGAUUUGCUGUGUGUGUGGGGGGAGGGGUUCCCCUGGGUCCAGCAGAUGCCCUGAGGAGGGCCAGCCCCCACCCCUGCCUCUGCUAGGCUUCUUGGAAGGUCUGCCAGGCAUGUGGAGAAGUGCUGUGGGGCACACCGGCAGGAGGUGGGGAGGGAUCUUCUGCCAGGGCUAGCUGGGGAGGGAGGGAGGGGAAUCCAGUCUUGCCCCCCAGGGAUGGGAGUGACAUGUCCCCUGAGCUCCGGGCUGGAACUCGGCAGGCCUGGGAGCUGGGCGGUGCUGCUUCUGGUCUGACUGUGUCCUUGUCCCCCAUCUCCCGGCCCACCCACCCGCCCCCUCCCCACGCAGAUAUCCGGGGCUCCGGGAAGAAGCCGGUGAUGCUGUUUCUGCAUGGCGGCUCCUACAUGGAGGGCACCGGGAACAUGUUCGAUGGCUCUGUCCUGGCCGCCUACGGCAACGUCAUUGUAGCCACACUCAACUACCGGCUUGGGGUGCUCGGUUUUCUCAGCACUGGGGACCAGGCUGCAAAAGGCAACUAUGGGCUCCUGGACCAGAUCCAGGCCCUGCGCUGGCUCAGUGAGAACAUUGCCCACUUUGGGGGCGACCCCGAGCGCAUCACCAUCUUCGGAUCUGGGGCAGGGGCCUCCUGUGUCAACCUUCUGAUCCUCUCCCACCAUUCAGAAGGGCUGUUCCAGAAGGCCAUCGCCCGGAGUGGCACUGCCAUUUCUAGCUGGUCUGUCAACUACCAGCCGCUCAAGUACACGCGGCUGCUGGCGGCCAAGGUGGGCUGUGACCGGGAGGACAGCGCCGAGGCCGUGGAGUGUCUGCACCGGAAGCCUUCUCGGGAGCUGGUGGACCAGGACGUGCAGCCUGCCCGCUACCAUAUCGCCUUUGGGCCCGUGGUGGACGGUGACGUAGUCCCCGAUGACCCUGAGAUCCUCAUGCAGCAGGGAGAAUUCCUCAACUACGACAUGCUCAUCGGUGUCAACCAGGGAGAGGGCCUCAAGUUCGUGGAAGACUCAGCAGAGAGCGAGGACGGCGUGUCCGCCAGCGCCUUCGACUUCACUGUCUCCAACUUUGUGGACAACCUGUAUGGCUACCCAGAGGGCAAGGAUGUGCUGCGGGAGACCAUCAAGUUUAUGUACACAGACUGGGCCGACAGGGACAAUGGCGAGAUGCGGCGCAAGACCCUGCUGGCGCUCUUUACCGACCACCAGUGGGUGGCACCGGCUGUGGCCACCGCCCAGUUGCACGCUGACUACCAGUCCCCUGUCUACUUUUACACCUUCUACCACCACUGCCAGGCUGAGGGCCGGCCCGAAUGGGCAGACGCAGCGCACGGGGACGAGCUACCCUACGUCUUUGGUGUGCCCAUGGUGGGCGCCACCGACCUCUUCCCCUGCAACUUCUCCAAGAAUGAUGUCAUGCUCAGUGCCGUGGUCAUGACCUACUGGACCAACUUCGCCAAGACUGGCGACCCCAACCAGCCGGUGCCACAGGACACCAAGUUCAUCCACACCAAGCCCAACCGCUUCGAGGAGGUGGUGUGGAGCAAGUUCAACAGCAAGGAGAAGCAGUACCUGCACAUCGGCUUGAAGCCGCGCGUGCGCGACAACUACCGCGCCAACAAGGUGGCCUUCUGGCUGGAGCUCGUGCCGCACCUGCACAACCUGCACACGGAGCUCUUCACCACCACCACGCGCCUCCCUCCCUACGCCACGCGCUGGCCGCCGCGCCCGCCCCCUGGUGCCCCAGGCACUCGCCGCCUGCCGCCUCCGGCCACCCUGCCGCCCGAGCCGGAGCCUGAGCCGGGCCCCCGGGCCUACGACCGCUUCCCCGGGGACUCCCGAGACUACUCCACGGAGCUCAGCGUCACCGUGGCCGUGGGCGCCUCCCUCCUCUUCCUCAACAUCCUCGCCUUCGCCGCCCUCUACUACAAGCGGGACCGGCGGCAAGAGCUGCGGUGCAGGCGGCUCAGCCCCCCCGGCGGCUCAGGCUCUGGCGUGCCCGGUGUGGGCCCCCUGCUCCCUGCGGCCGGCCGUGAGCUGCCACCCGAGGAGGAGCUGGUGUCGCUGCAGCUGAAGCGGGGUGGGGGUGUCGGGGCGGACCCUGCGGAGGCCCUGCGCCCCGCCUGUCCGCCUGACUACACCCUGGCCCUGCGCCGGGCGCCGGACGAUGUGCCUCUCUUGGCCCCCGGGGCCCUGACCCUGCUGCCCAGCGGCCUGGGGCCACCCCCUCCCCCGCCGCCCCCCUCCCUCCAUCCCUUUGGGCCCUUCCCCCCGCCUCCCGCCACCGUUACCAGCCACAACAACACACUCCCCCAUCCCCACUCCACCACUCGGGUAUAGGGGGCAGCUCGGGGAGGCCCCCCUCCGCGGCCCUCCCGGCCCGCUCAGAAGGCAGGGAGGAGGACUUGGCGACAGGCUUUUGUCGUGUGGAGCUGUCACACGUCGAGGAGCUUUAGGUGGACAUGGGUUUCCUCGCCGGGAUGUGUGCGCUUCUCCCGCGCGGAGUGGCCCGUUCUCUUCUCCGGACCUGGGCCUUUGAACAACUUGGGGGGGGGGGGGUGUUUUUUCCCCUCCGUCGUCUGGACACCCGUCUUCGAUGUGUGGAGACGUGGAAGUAUUUUCCCACGUGGAGGUGUGCUUUCUCACGAGGGGGUGUGUUUUCCCAUGUGCAGGGUGAGGUUUUUUUGCCUCCCUGGACACAUGUUGGCUCCCUCAAAGAAUUUCUGUGGGGAUUUGUGCCCCAGAAUCCUGUUCCCUCAUGCCUUCUCCCACCUCCUCCCUCCUCCCACCCCCUGGAGACCCUGGAAGUGGUGUGUUCACAAACAGCGACCCUUGGCCACCGGACGACGCAGGGUGGUGCCUGGGAAGUAGCGAGGAAAUCACAGCCCCCCUGCCCUGCCCCCAGCCCUCCCGCCCCGGCGAAGCAUGUGUAUCCCCCGUGGCACAAGUGAGGUGAAGCACGGUCUCCCCGGGCAGGCCUCGCCUUCCACAGAUGACAGACACACAUUCCCUGCCGCGGGGAAGGGAGGAGAUCCUGCAUCCCUGUGCUGCCUGGGAACUUGUCUUCCCCUGGGUCCAGGAUGCAUUUCUGAGUGGAAACAUGUUCUUGCAUGUGGACGUAUGUUUUCCCAUGCAGACGGCCCCUUUCUCUCCAGCACUUCCCUGCACCUUAGGGCCUCAGGCCCAGCACUUAACUUCUCACACAGCCGGUGUGAAAGGACUUCAAACUGACAGAAGCCGAGGGGGAGGGACAAACCCUGAGGAGACGAGCAGACCCUAAGCUCUGCCCUUCCUUCCCCUCGAGUUCGGGGGGUGGGGGGCUGCGUGGCACCUGCCACCUGCCACCCACAGAGGCCGUGCAUGUUUGACCACAGCCCUCACCGCGGUCUGAGGGCAGCCCUUCUUCCCUCCGUCCUCAGACCGUCGCUCAUCCGUGCCAAACGGGUGAGGUGGGUUUGAGGGGCGAAGACCCCCCGAAACGUGCCAAGGAUUCCUCAGUCCUGGGCCAGGGCAGGUAGGAUACAGGAGAUGGGGAGGUGGCAGCUAAAGGGGUCCCACCUGCGUCCCUCUUCUCACCAUGUCUCAUCCCUCCCUGUCUGCCCCUGUUUUCCCUCCCCCCUUCACUGUCCCCCUCUGAAGCCAUCCCUUCCUGGUCUCAAACCAGCUUCUCCCCUCAGCUGCCCACCCCCUCCUUUGACCUGCCCCCUCGUCCCUGGGCCACCAGGGCUGAAGGAAAGGAGCAGUGGAGGGGGGAGGGGAGGAGAGCAGGGGAGAAAGGCUUUCCCGGACAGGUUGGGGGAGAGAACGGUUGGGGGAGAGAACGGGGUCAGCUGUACUGAGGAACAGAUGGAGGGGGCAGUGCGGGACGGCGCUGGGGCAGACACCAGCAGGAAGAAUUUGAUUUGAAGGGAUGUGUGUAAGGUGACUGCCCAAAGAGAAACGGUUUGGGCCUCUGGGGAAAGGAACAAUGUCGGGAAGGGUUUCAAGGGACACCAGACGAGAAGGAGCCAAUCCUUGUCUGCUGGCAUUUUGUGGGUUCAUUAGUGCCAAAUUUGAAUGGGGGGUGGAGUGCUGUCUUCCACUGACACCCAAAUCCAGAAUCCCUGGUCUUGGCUCCCCAGAACUUUGCCUCCUGACUGUCCCUUCUGCCCCCACCUCCACCCAUGGAAACUUAGUUCUUUUCCCACCCCUUCCCCUGCCUGGUCUAGCUCCUUUCCAAACAGCCCUGCCCUCUAAAUGCUAGGGACCUGGGCCCUGAACCCUGUAGACAGAUGCCCCCCAAACUGGGGCAUGGGAGGGGGGCUGGGGGACCCCAUGAUUCAGCCACGGACUCCAAUGCCCAGCCCCUGUCCCCAGAACAAUUCCUUGACAAUCCCAUGUCCCCACCCCAACCCUUCGCGGCUCUGUACACAUUUUUAAACCUGGCAAAAGAUGAAGAGAAUAUUGUAAAUAUAAAAGUUUAACUGUU